AAAGUAUAUAGCGGGCGUGGCGGCGAGGGCGUCAGUAGAGCGAGCCGCGCCACAGCUGCCUCACCACCGCCACGGCAGUGUCAACACGCGGUCGAAAGUGAACAGGGUUUUCUAGACUCAGCGUCUAUAGGCCCUGGUGAGUCCUCACUGAGACCCACUGUACUGGCUAGCAGCAGUGUUAUACUGAAUCUGUGACACCCACCGUAACCCUCAUGGCGGCGGUGUCUGAGGAGUGCCUGGCCGUAGUGCCACAGCCGGUGCCACCUGUCUCCCUCAUGGACGACGAGGUAACCACCAGCGACAGCGAGGCCUCAUCCAACGAAAUGGUGAUUCUGGAGAGCAGCCCCAAGGGCCUGGCAGGGCAGCAUACCCGCCUGCCAGCCCAGACCAGCCUGCCCCUGGAGCUGGCCGCCAAGCUUGAGCGUCAGGACUCCGACGACAGCGUGGUCAGCAGCACGGAGGAGGAAGGCAUCCAGGCAGACUCCGCGCCCGAGGUGUGUGAUGUUGUUGAGACCCGCAUCGGCGAGGAGCUGGAGCCCCGCUCCGAGCGCUCCUCCAGCGUGGUGUCCGACGGCAGCGAGGAAGGCGGCCGGGACUCGGGCAUCGAAGCGGAGCGCGAGCCUGACAUGAUAGUGCCAGACGAGGAGCAGAUGUCGCGCAUCGUGGCCCAGGUGGAGUUCUACUUCAGCGACGCCAACGUGGCCAAGGACAAGUUCCUGCUGAAGCACAUCCGGCGGAACAAGGAGGGCUACGUGUCGCUCAAGCUUGUGUCUUCCUUUAAGAAGGUAAAGCAGCUUACCAAGGACUGGCGGGUGGUGUCCUACUCACUCAACAAAAAGUCUUCCAAGAUCCAGAUCAAUGACCUGGGUACCAAGAUUCGCCGCGUGGACCCGCUGCCAGACCUGGAGGAGGUGCCUGUCACCUGCGCCGUGCUGGCCCUCGCCCUGCCCCUCGCCAAGCCCAGUAUUCAAUCAGUCUCCGAACUGUUUUCCUCAUGUGGUGAUAUCGCCUUCAUCCGCGUGGUGCGGGCCGGCACCGCCAUCCCGCAGGACCUCAAGGGGCUGGCCGCCAAGCAUCCCGCCCUCUCAGACACCAACUGUGCCUGGAUCGAGUUCGAGACGCCGGAAGCUGCCAAGACCGCCACGGAAAUGAACACGGAGGAGGGACUCAAGGUCGUCCCUAUCCUACCCGAGGCUCAGAAGAAGCCCGAGAAGGCGCCUCAGCAGAAGGGAUCGCAGCCCAAUAGCCGCAAGAACAGCGUGACGAGCAACAGCGGCUACGGCAGCCCCAUCAACAAGGGACCCCCGAGCCGCAAGAACAGCGUCGGCACCAAGAGCCGCAAGGACAGCGGCCUCGGCUCUGAUGUGGAGAUCCCUAUGCCCCAGCCCAGGUACCCGCGCCGCAAGUGUCUCUCCCUGCCGCAGACACAGUCUCCCAAUCUGAAGGAACUGUCCGCGGUGGUUGAGGCUCGCAAGAACAGGCCAAAGAGCAAGUCCUGCACCGAGUUCCAGCUGGGGUCCCCGCCCCCUACCUCGUGGGUACAACGGAACCUGCUGGCAGCCGCCGCGGCCUCCGCCGCCUCAGCAGCCUCCCCAGUAGUGGGUUCACGACCUCCUCUCACUCGGCCGAACCGUGUCUCCCAGGGGUCUCUGCCAGUCCCUGAGGGAGUGCUCAGGUUCCCCAAGGGCCCGGAUGGUUCCAAGGGCUUCAGCCCCAUACACCGGCGCCGCACCGUGAGCACGCAAGAAACCGUCCCCCGCCCCGGCAGCCCCAGCGCCCGGGGCAGUGAUACCGGCAGCAGCCCUGCCACACCUAGUGAUAAAACCUCUGCCACCACCCCUGCCCCUACCCCCGCCACUAACACUGCCACCACCCCUGACAUCACCACCACCACUAACACUUCCAAGAGCAAUGACAGCGGCAACGUCAGCAGCAGCAGCAGCAUUACCGCCAAAAGAAGCGGAAAUAGCGAAAACAGCAGCAGCAACACCGACGGCAGCUAGAGCGACGGCGACCUAACGAGGGCGGCGGCGUGGCGGGCCGGGCGCCGCCGCCCCACACUACCGGCGCCACCUCUCCCUUCCACUCACUCUCCGCGCCGUGCCCACACCUUGCCUCACGCUCACCCUCGCUGGGCACGGCCACGCCUCGCCCUUCCCUGGCGCCCCAUGCCUGGCGUCCCCGGCAGCCCCGCCGCGAACAGGCGGGGGCCGAGGGACGGGGCGGGGCGCCGCGCUGGUGGUGGGUCUCGCUGGCUACUGGUGGAUGUCUUCUAUCCUUUCUACAUAAUUUUUUUACCACAUCAAUAUUUUUUGUAUAUAUGCACUAUUUAUACGACGAGUCUCUGUACAUACUAGCUUUUGUCAUUAUUUAUUUAUACUAUUAUUAUUUAAGGUGAAAUAGAGCGUCUUUUGUAGAA